UACAGUUCUGGAAGAACUUACUUUUUUUUGUGAAUAAAAAAUAUUAAAGAGUAUAGUUAUUUAACAAUACUAAUAUUUAUGAAUAAAAAUAUUUUGGAAUAAACAAAUUUAAAGAUAAAGUGUUUAUUAACAUAGACUAUCUAAGAAUAGUGUUAUUUAAGAAAAGAAAUAUCCAAAAAUAAGGUUUUUUUCGAAUACACAGUUUGGUGUGCCUGUCAGACUCUAUCUUGAGGGACUCUAUACUAAACGUCUCUUAAUUUAUUCGGUCCGGUAUCAUUUACAUCGAUGGUUCUUGUUCUGCGCUGAGUAGUGGCGAAAUUUCUUCUUUGUCUUGUUUGAUGUAAAAAAUUUUUAUUAAAUUUAGUUUUUUAGGAAUAUGUACAAUGGAUUCUAAUGAAAUAGAAUUUCUUGGAGAAGCACAGCAAGUCAAAAUUGUUCCUAAUUUUAAUUUCGGUCAGAUACAUCUCAUAUCUGGCUCUGUGGGUCCUUUUCGAGCUGGAAUGCCGGUUAUUGUACCUAUCUGGCUUGCAAUUAAUUUAAAACAACAACAAAAAUGUAGAAUUGUAUGUCCAAACUGGAUGGAAACAGAAAACCUUCAAGUAUUAAAAGAAAACGAAAAACUUUCAAAAGCGUUUACUGUGAUGCCGAGUAACCACUACAUGGAUGAGGCUCAUAUAUUACUCAGUACUGCUGAUGAAGAUCUUCAUAACGUUGAUAAUAUUCGAACAACUGUAAAGGAUAUUUGGGAUUUAAGAAUGUCAAAGUUGCGGACUUUUAUUGACGAAUUAUUCAAAAAUCAGAGCGGUGUUUAUGCUAUGUUAAAUCAUCUUACAGCUAUGGAAAUAGCAAGUAUUAAACCUCUGUUACCUUAUGCUAUGGAUCAACAAUUUAGACUUAACACAUCUGAAUAUUAUACAAGAGCUUCACCAGCCUAAGAAUCUUAAUAGAUGUAAUAUUUCAUCAGUCUCGAAUAUUAUUGAUCAUUUAUCAGCAUUUUCUUGUUAUACUUUCAUUAAUUACAUAAUUAUCAACAUAUAAAUCAC